AUGGUAGCACCGACCACUAUAACUGCUCAGUAUCUUGCACCAGCAUGGAGAGGUGCAGUUAUCCUUUCAUUUGUGUGGUUUCUACAUCGGUGGAAGACAAAUGUGUUCACUCCUGCAUUAGCGACUCAAAGUUUGCCUGGUCUUGAUCGGGACCAGUUGCUAGCUAUUGACAACAUUUCAUCCGUUGGUCUUUUUGUGAUUGGGAUAAUGGCUUUAGCUGAGGCGUGUGGGGUGGCGGUGCAAUCAAUUAUGACAGUUGGUGGCAUAGGAGGAGUUGCUACUGCUUUUGCUGCCAGAGACAUCCUUGGAAAUGUUCUGAGUGGUUUGUCUAUGCAGUUUUCAAAGCCUUUUUCACUAGGAGAUACAAUAAAAGCUGGAUCUAUAGAAGGUCAAGCGGUGGAAAUGGGACCUACUACUUGUUUACUGAAUGCCGAGAAGUUCCCUGUCAUAGUUCCUAAUUCUCUCUUUUCUAGUCAGGUAUUUGUAAACAAGUCACGUGCGCAAUGGCGUGCCAUCAUCACCAAAAUUCCCCUGUAAAUUAACGAUUUGGAUAAGAUUCCCCAGAUAUCAACUGACAUAAAGAGCAUGCUAAGGUCACAUUCGAGUUUCUUGGGAAAUGAGGCCCCUUACUGUUUCCUGUCUCGAUUAGAAAGUUCAUUUGUAUAAUUAACUCUUGGAAGUAACCCCAAAUAUAUGAGCAAAGGAGAGCUACACUCUACCGAAGAAGAGAUUAUUGACGUCGGCUCAGAUAAUUAA